GAGAUUGUCGCGCGGCAGACGCCGGCGGCUCAGCAUGGCGGAUUCCGUGUCUCCGGUCCGGAGGAAUCCCGGCCGCUCCACGUGGGUGCGGGCCCGCAAGGCCCGGCCCCCGCUGAUGCUGAGCCGCCGCUCCCGCCACCGGCUCAGGGCCCUGCGCUGGUGUGGCCGCCGGAGGCUGCGACGACGGGUGCUGCAGACCCAGGCGGCCGGUGCGGACUGGAGCGAGGGCGCCUGCCCGGGGCCUCGCGCCGAGGCACCCCAGAGGCCCAAGGCUGCGGCCCCCAGCCCGGCCCCGCGCCCGGUCCCAGGCCCGCUCCCUGCGCCCGCCCCGAGCGGCCCGGUCAGCCUCCCCAUCCCGCCUGUGCGGGCGGCCGGCCCGGGCCGCGUGCUGCUGCUGCUGCCAGCGGACCAGGGUUUUACUUUUAGCGGGGUCUGUCGUAUGACUUGCCUCUAUGGCCAAGUGGAGGUGUUGGGUUUUGUCAUCAGCCAAGGCCAGCCUGCCCACGAUAUCUUCUCUGCCUAUACUCACUCUUACCUGACGAUCAAUGCAGUCCGUUACUCCAUGCCUGAGAAGAGCAAGAAGGAGAUCAAAAGGGAAGCCCGGGCUUGCCUCAGAGCGCAUCUUAACCUGGAGGACAGAUCUUGGGCAACGGGGAAUUUUUCUCCUCUGUGUUCCAUUGUGCUGCUGGAACAUGUGAAGACCACCACCAUAAACUUCAUAGCCAGCCAUCCGGGUUUAUCUACCAUUUUUGUGCAAGAGAAGGAAGCUUCCCAGGUUACUUCCGAGUGUUUAGUCUUGGGUUCUGUUGGCAUCAAAAGAGAGAAGAGGAAGAGAGGCCUUCAGUUAACAGAGAGCACCCUGGUGGCCCUGGAGGAGUUAGUGAGUGUGUCCUGUGAGGACUCGGACGGCUGCCCCAUUGUGCUGGUGUGUGGCGGUCAGGACGUGGGGAAGUCCACAUUCAACAGGUACCUGAUCAACCAGCUGUUGAACAGUAUUUCCUGCGUGGACUACUUGGAAUGUGAUUUGGGGCAGACAGAAUUCACUCCUCCUGGCUGCAUUUCUCUGCUGAAUAUUACGGAACCAGUUCUGGGACCACCGUACACCCACCAGAGGACGCCGCAGAAGAUGGUGUACUACGGGAAACUCUCCUGCAAAAACAGCUUCGAGAACUACAUUGAUAUCAUCAAAUACGUGUUCAGUGCCUACAAAAGAGAGGCCCCGCUGAUCAUCAACACAAUGGGCUGGGUGUCGGAGGAAGGCCUCCAGCUACUCAUCGACCUCAUCCGCCUGCUGUCCCCGAGCCACGUGGUGCAGUUCAGCUCCCCCAAGAGCAAGCACAUGCCACCCCUCACCCCGGACUACGUGGCCGACCGGGACGGGCUGUACACCAAGAGCAAGUCCAGGCUCAGAAGCCAGGGCUUCUGCCUCCCGGAGUUCUCAGACAGCGUGGAGUUUGCCGAUGAAGAGAAAGACAGCCCAGUUCUCUUUGCCGAACACAAACUGUUAUCUGUGUUUUCAGAGUUUUCGUUCAGAAAAACUCCAAGGAAUCGGGACUCACAUAACAGGAUUUUCCGAGACCUGACAGUGUUGGCUUACCUUGCCCAGCUGCUGCCCCCAGUGCCCAAGCCACUCAGUCCCCUGCAUGGCCUGACGCCCUAUCAGGUUCCUUUCAAUGCCAUUGCUCUGAGGAUUACGCAUUCUGACGUUGCCCCCACCCACAUCCUGUACGCCGUCAAUGGCAGCUGGCUGGGCCUGUGCCGGAUCCUGGAUGACAUCCGAGGCUACUCGAGGGGGCCCAUCCUGCUGGCCCAGACGCCCAUCUGCGACUGCGUGGGGUUUGGGGUCUGCAGGGGCAUAGACAUGGAGAAGCGGCUGUACCACAUCCUCACGCCCGUGCCCCCGGAGGAGUUACGGAGUGUGAACUGCCUGCUGGUCGGCGCCAUCUCCAUUCCACAGUGUGUCUUCAAGAGCCAGCAUGGCCUGGAGGGGACAAUUCCCUACAUCACAAUGGAUUACAACUUUAAACUUCCCGGCGCAUCAGAGAAAAUCGGGGUAAGAGACAGUGAGAAAGAGCAGCUGCCCAAAGGGAAACUGCACCCCAGAUCCAAGUUCUUCCGGAAAAUGAAGUUUCUCAAGGGAAAAGACCAUUCGUCCCAGCCUGGUGGCAGUGGAGAAGGCGGGGCUGGCGAUGCAUGAGCCCUGAGUGGCGCAGUGAAGGCUGCGGGGUUCCCUGUCACUGGGCCUCGGCACUGCUCCCUGUCCGGGGCACUUUCUGCAGCAGUGCGAAGGUUUGGACCCUGCCCACACAGGAAGAAUGUGGCCAGUUCUUCAAAAACUUCUUCAAGCACCUGCUUAUUGGAUGCAGGAUAAAAAUAACCUGGGACCCCAGAUGCCCCGGAAAGCAGGCUGGCCGGGCGUGAGCAUCGGAAGGCGCAGGCCGCCUUGGUCCCCACCUCACUGCAUCCAGGAUGUGGGCGCUGGGGUGAGCACCCGUCCCGUGAGCCCCUUCCCGGGCCCCCUGACCUGUGCAGUCAUGGGCUGCAUGAGAAGGCCGUCUCCAUUGCAUUUUACCAAGGUUUGAUGCCUAGGAGUUCACUCAAGUCCUUUCAUUUGUUAACUGCUCUCAAAGCUGGAAGGCCUCCCAAGGGCUCCUGCCGUCUGUCAGCUCCGACUAACUUCUUGGCAGAGGCCCAGGACACUGCUGGGGGCAGGGCCGGAGAGCAGGGCAGGGCGGCUGGGCUCGGACCGGCUCUGCCUCCCGCAGUGUGCCCGGGCCCUGUCCUCCCCGGGGUCCCACUUCUCUGUCCUCCCGGUUGGACGUGGUUUGUAAGCAGGACGGAUGUGAGCUUUUCCAGCUGGCGUCAGGCGACGGUGGAGUCAGAGUCAGCUUCCCAGCACGGCCUGGUGAGCCAUUACCAGGGCACAGGGUUCGACACUGGCCCUUGGCCAACCUUGGCCUUGGGACUCUGGACCCGAACUCGCUCAGCUCCGCGUGGGAGCCCCUGAUUGGGUCGUCUCAGUGUAGCUAGUGUGGCUGUUUCCCCUCUUGACCUUGAAAAGAAUCUGAAGCCAGCCACUGCCACCACCUUUCUGCCUGUCACGCAUCCUCCUCAGUCUUGAGCGCAUCUCUGGAGGCAGCGGCGGCACCCCCCGGACUGAGCUUCGUCAGUGCCACCGAAAAGGAGAUGUUGCCACUAGAGGGAGCCCUCGGCCACAGGCCGAGCUGUGGAGCCCUGGGCUCUGCUGGGCACAGGUUUGUGCCUGGCAGUGAGGCCGGUGGUGUGGCGGAGGGUCCCUUUGGCUGCACCGUUUUUGAGACAGUCUGUCUGUAGCCCAGGCUGCUCUUGGACUUGGCCUCCUGCCUCAGCCUCCCAAGUGCUGGGGUUAUAGGCGUGUUCUGCCAUGCCUAGCUCAGAUGCUGAGUUUUUUAAAGUUUAAUUGGGGUGGGGGUGGUAAGUUCAGGACUCAAGUCCAGGGCCCCUGAAUGAAUUUUUUUUAAAAAUUUUAUUGGUACACUUUCAAUAUACAUAAUGAUCACAUUCAUCAUAGAGAAUGUGUAACUGUACAUGAUGUAUUGGGGGGGGUUACCAGGGAUCGAACUCAGGACCUUGCUCCUGCAAGGCAGGCGCUGGAACCACUGAGCUAAAUCUGUGGCUUCCCUGAAUGAAUUUUUUUAAAUUUUGUGCAGGGUCUCUCACUAAGUUACUAAAUUGCCUGGGCCGGGCUCAAAUUGUGAUCCUGCCUCAGCCCCCACGGGUGCUGGGACUACAGGUGUUCACCGCCACACCGGUGAUUUCAGUUGUCUGCGCUGUCUGCUCGAUAGGUUCAUUGUAUUAGGUUUGGAUGGCAAUAUCGGGGGUUAGGACGGCUGGCUUUGUAACAACUUUGCAUUUGAACUCCAGCUCUCCCAUUUCGAGCAGUGUACCUUCGAGGAAGAUGUUUAACUGAAGCCAGGCAUGGUGCUGCAGCCUGUAAUCCCAGUGUUUGGGAGGCUGAGGCAGGAGGAUUGCCACAAGUUGGAGGCCAGCCUGAGCUACAUAGCGACUUCAAGGCCAGCCUGGACUAUAUAGUGAGACCCUGUCUCAACCCACCCCCAAAAAAAGAUGUUUCAGCAGCCUGUUUGCUUCCUUGGAGGUGAGAUAACUGCUCUCCCCUCAGGGUUCCUGCCUAGCCUGGUCUCGGGCGACAGAAGACCCCAGUGACCCCCUUAGUGCCCGGCUGGAAGGAAAACCCUGGGAAGCAGCCCCAGAGCUGUGUUCCGCAGUUGCAUGGGCUGGUGCUCACCCUAUGAGUCUGAGCCCCAGCUGGACUUUCCUGCCCCAGGCAGGCAGCCACCGGCGUGAUUCCUGUGGUGUUCACAGUCCCCGAUUUAUAGCUGUUAGAAUUUUAGCUCCAACCUGUAGGAAGUGCUCCACUGCCCGGUCGUCACUGUGCUUAUGAAUUGUGUCUAGCCCUCCCAUUUGUGUAUGAGCUUCUGCAUCAUUAAAGGUCUGGAGAACCUGGG